AUGAUCGAAGUAUACGCACGCUUGAUUAUUGGAGAUCUAGGCCAUCAAGAACUUCCUCUAUCAUUUGUAUCUCGUGCUAAAAUUUAUAUGGGAGAAGCCGGACAUUGCAUGGGUGAGUUAAACAAGCAGCCGGUUGGCUGGUUUAAGGAUCUCGUUUGUACAACAUUCCAUCUGAUUAAAGUGUCAAGAGACGCCGGGCUUUGGUCGUGGACUCAACUAUGGGACAUAUUCUAUACACAAACGUUCGCGCCAAUGAUACGAGCGGAGAAAGGCAAUGUGGACACCGCUGUCUCCUAA